AUGGGUGAUAUUCUAGAUGAUAAAAACGAAAGCUCCAACCCGAAUGCAUCGAAUCACAGUGUUGAGAAUAUCGAAGGACCAUCGGAGCAGGAUGCAUCGCACAAAAGAAUUCUUCAAUCAAAUAAAAACAGUUAUUCCCCAAACGAAGCCGCUCAUUUAUCAUCGAAUCAAACGUAUUUCGCCGAUGAGAGAAUUAGAAUACCCGAGACUAAUACAUCAGGGUUCAGCUUUAAAAAGUUAUGGGCCUUUACCGGACCCGGAUUUCUGAUGUCAAUCGCCUAUCUGGAUCCUGGAAAUAUAGAAAGCGAUCUACAGAGUGGAACAGUUGCUCAAUACAGAUUACUAUGGGUACUUUUAAGUGCCACUCUGUUGGGCCUCCUUAUGCAGAGAUUAUCAGCUCGAUUGGGUGUCGUUACGGGUCUCCACUUAGCCGAAAUGUGCUACAGGCAAUACAGAAAACUACCGAGAUUAGUGCUGUGGAUAAUGAUAGAAAUCGCGAUUAUCGGUAGCGACAUGCAAGAAGUCAUUGGAACAGCCAUAGCAAUUUAUCUCUUGUCGAACAGAGCGAUACCGAUUUGGGGAGGCGUUCUUAUCACUAUUAUAGAUACAUUCACGUUUUUGUUUCUCGACAAAUACGGGCUCAGAAAACUCGAAUCGUUUUUCGGUCUGCUGAUUACUGUCAUGGGUCUGACCUUCGGUUUCGAAUACGUAACAUCCAAACCCGAUGCACUCGGCGUGGUAGAGGGUAUGUUCACGCCUUGGUGUUCCGGAUGCGACGGCAGCGCUUUGCUACAAGGCGUGGGAAUAAUCGGUGCCGUAAUAAUGCCGCACAAUUUGUACCUCCAUUCUGCUCUUGUUAAAUCGAGGGACAUCGAUCGUACGAAAUCCGAGAAGGUUCGAGACGCCAACAUGUACUAUUUUGUAGAGGCCUGUAUAGCGUUGCUCGUUAGUUUCGUUAUAAACGUUUUUGUAGUAGCUGUAUUUGCUCACGGUUUGUACCAAACCAAAAAUUUUGAAGUUCACGAAUUGUGCACGCAUCAUCCGAGUCUUAACGCGUCUAUAUUCCCUAACGAUACUGAACUUGUUAAAGCGGAUCUGUACAAAGGUGGGAUAUAUUUGGGGUGCAGAUAUGGGGUAAUAGCCAUGUACAUUUGGGCAAUUGGCAUCUUAGCAGCUGGGCAAAGUUCCACAAUGACGGGAACAUAUGCUGGCCAGUUUACAAUGGAAGGUUUUUUGAAUCUGCAAUGGGCCAGGUGGAAAAGAGUACUUUUCACUCGUACAAUCGCCAUAAUACCAACAUUUUGUCUAGCGUUCUUUAGUAAUGUAGACGAUCUAACGCGCAUGAACGAUAUAUUAAACGCAAUAAUGAGCUUGCAGUUACCAUUCGCUACGAUACCUACAAUUGCUUUUACCAGUAAUCCUCAGAUAAUGGGAGAAUUCGUGAACGGACUCGGGAACAAAAUUGCAUCUAUACUUCUCAGUAUUGCGGUGAUAGCUAUCAAUACUUAUUUCGUUAUUGAUCUAGUGAGUUCCUGGGGACUUACUUGGUUCUAUUUGGUAAUUGUGGCAAUAGUAGGUGUUUUUUAUCUUCUAUUUUGCGGGUAUCUCGUAAUACACAUGGCGAUAUCUAUGGGCAACACCAACCUUCUAAGAUAUAACGCCGUAAAUAAAUAUAUUGUAGGCCCCGUCGAUGCUACAUUGGAUAUAAGUCCUAUAAGUUACUCUAGAUCUCAAUCAGAUUGGGCAGUGGCAAAUGAAUCUGCUACUCAGGACGCAAAGUUUUAA